AUGUGCAUGGAAGACCCUACGCCAACCUUCGCUUAUCUCGUGAAACAGCUGAAAGAUCGUUUUCCGACACUUUCGUAUGUCCACCUCAUCGAACCAAUGGCCAAGGGCCCGGAGUAUACGGAAGGACCAUCGCAUCCGGAUGCUUCUAAUGAUGUUUUGAGAGAGAUUUGGGGAGAGAGGCCGUUCAUACGUGCUGGCAGGUUCGACCGAGAGAAGGCCAUUGUACUUGUAGAGGACAGCGCUAAAGAUGGAAGGGUGGAACUCGUCGCGUUUGGGAAAUACUUUAUUUCGAAUCCGGAUUUACCUACGAGGUUGGAGAAAGGCAUACCGUUGACGCCCUAUGACCGCUCGACGUUUUACUUAAGAGGAGAGACGACAACCAGAGGGUACACUGACUAUCCUUUCGCUGGCGUUGACAGUCGAAUGUGA